UUCAGUGGGAUUUUACGUCGAGAUCAGUGAGGAGCACCUAUUUCCUGGGAGUAAUUUCUGGUUCAGGUUUGCCGUCUGUGUUUAAUCUGUAAAGUAAAGGCUGGACCUUCCGUGUGUCGCUUUCUGACUUGUGGAAAAGUGACAGUUCAUCCCCGAAGCCUAAAGGAGCAAUUUUGUUCCUGUCGAUGAGAAUAAUCUCUGAUGUUCCUCCGACAUUUGAUAAGAUAAGAAAAACUUUAUUGAUCUCACAGAGGAGAAAUUCACGUUACGUCAGCUCUUAAGAAAACACACAAGGAGUGAGCAGGAUGUCUGUUACUGUGGCAAGAACUGAUGGGGUGACCGUCUUCACUUUGACCUCUGACCCCAAAAGUGCUUGUCCUCCAAUGUGCCAAAUUCUUAAAGGUCUUUGUUACAGCCCAGUGUGUUAUUCAGUCUCUCAGCAUCUGAGGAAGGCCCAGCGGAGCGCUCAGUCACUACUGGGGGCUCUGCAUAUCAUGACUGGCUUGCUCAACAUUGGUUUUGGAACAAUCCUCUUAUGUACUGGAGCAUGCUUGUGCGAGAUAUAUAUGACUAUGUUUCCAGUUUGGCUUGGAAUUCUGUAUAUUGCAUUCGGCAUCACGUGCCUUUUGUCUGAGAAGUUUCCCAGUCCCUGUCUGGUCGUCAGCAAUGUGAUUCUCAACCUGUCAGGAGUUGUUUUUGCCAUAGCAGCCAUCGUACUCUACUCCAUUAAUGUUGGCAAUAUCAGAAUGUGGUGGAUGUGUUCAAGUGACUAUUACUGGUACAGUUACAGAACCACAAACCCAACCGACUCACCUGAGGAAAAGAUGUUACUGGAAAAAUAUAAUGAAGGGAAAGCACUGGUUUUGAUGCUUGCGAGAAGCAUCAGUGCCGUGCUGCUCAUCCUGUCAGUUCUUGAGCUCUGCCUCACCAUCAGCUCUGCCGUCUUGGGAAUCAAGGACUUGAAGUGCUCUGAAAAGGAGCAAGAUAUGAUUGCUGAGAAUCCAGAGGACUACAAACCACUGCUGGAGGAAGUGACCACAAACUCUACACCCUAAAUAAAAAUCUCUGCAUUAUGUAAUCAGCUGCUAUACUGCUAGU